UGCCGGGACAGGGGGGCGGGGCCAAGUGGAGCCGCUCGCUAUUGGCUCCGCCGGCUCCCAGCGGGCUUUGCGGCGGAGCGCGGGAGCAGCGGCGGGAGAGAGCUGCGGGGAUGGGAAUCCAUGGCCUGGCCAAGCUUAUUGCGGAUGUGGCACCUGCUGCCAUCCGGGAGAAUGACAUCAAGUCUUACUUUGGCCGGAAGGUGGCUAUAGAUGCCUCCAUGAGCAUCUACCAGUUCCUGAUCGCCGUGCGGCAAGGAGCUGAUGUGCUUCAGAACGAGGAAGGUGAGACCACGAGCCACCUGAUGGGCAUGUUCUACAGGACCAUCCGCAUGGUGGAGAAUGGCAUCAAGCCAGUUUAUGUCUUCGAUGGCAAACCCCCUGAGCUGAAGUCAGCGGAGCUGGCAAAGAGAACCGAGCGCCGGGCUGAGGCUGAGAAACACCUUCAGGAGGCUCAGGAGGCUGGAGAGGAGAACAACAUUGAGAAAUACAGCAAGAGGUUGGUCAAGGUGACCCAGCAGCACAAUGAUGAGUGCAAGAAGUUGCUAACUCUGAUGGGAAUCCCCUAUGUGGAGGCACCAGGGGAGGCUGAAGCCAGUUGUGCUACCUUGGUGAAGGCUGGGAAGGUCUAUGCGGCUGCUACAGAAGAUAUGGAUUGUCUGACCUUUGGCAGUCCUGUGCUGAUGAGGCAUCUCACUGCCAGUGAGACAAAGAAGCUGCCCAUCCAGGAGUUCCACCUGAACCGUAUUCUGCAGGAUAUGGAGCUGACCUGGGAGCAGUUUGUGGAUCUCUGCAUCCUCCUGGGCUGUGACUACUGCGCAAGCAUCCGUGGCAUCGGGCCCAAGCGUGCUGUUGAGCUCAUCAAGGAGCAUAAAACCAUCGAGAAGAUCAUUCAGCAGAUAGACACCAAGAAGUACCCUCUGCCUGAGAACUGGUUGCACAAAGAGGCCCAGAAGCUCUUCUUAGAGCCUGAUGUGGUCAACCCUGACACUAUUGAGCUGAAGUGGACCGAGCCGGAUGAGGAGCAGAUCGUCCAGUUCAUGUGUGGGGAGAAGCAGUUCAAUGAGGAACGGAUCCGUAAUGGGGUGAAAAGGCUGAGCAAGAGCCGUCAGGGCAGCACACAGGGCAGGCUGGAUGACUUCUUCAAGGUGACAGGCUCCAUCACAUCAGCCAAACGCAAAGAGCCAGAGACCAAGGGGUCAGCAAAGAAGAAAGCCAAGACCAACAAUGCCACAGCCUCAAAGACCAAAAAGGGGAAAUAGCCAGAGUGGUUCAUCACAUUCUGCAGGAUAUGGAGCUGACUGAGAUUGGUUUUUAUGUUCAACCAGGAAUUGUAGGCUAAUAGCAAACUGUAAUUUCUUUGUCCUGUGUGUUAGAGCUAAGAAGGAUGCUGGCAAAGCACUUCCUGACAAGGCUAGGUUAGUGAAUCAGAUGC